AUGUCAACUACCUUUCCAGGUCUCGUCCACGAUGCAGAGAUACGUCACGAUGGAUCAAACAGUUACCGCUUGAUGCAGCUGGGAUGCCUGGAGUCUGUGGCCAACUCGACCGUCGCCUAUUCCUCCUCGUCUCCGCUCACUUACUCUACCACAGGCACCGAGUUCGCCUCCCCGUACUUCUCCACUAACCACCAGUACACCCCCCUCCACCACCAGUCCUUCCACUACGAGUUUCAGCACAGCCACCCGGCCGUCACCCCUGACGCCUACUCCCUCAACUCCCUGCAUCACUCGCAGCAGUACUACCAGCAGAUCCACCACGGGGAACCCACCGACUUCAUCAACCUGCACAAUGCGCGGGCGCUCAAGUCCUCCUGCCUGGAUGAGCAGAGGAGGGAGCUGGGCUGCUUAGAUGCUUACCGCCGCCACGACCUGUCUCUUAUGAGCCAUGGGUCCCAAUAUGGGAUGCAUCCAGAUCAAAGACUCCUGCCAGGACCAAGCCUCGGGCUUGCAGCCUCGGGAGCAGACGAUUUGCAGAGCUCAGUGGAGGCCCAGUGUGGACUUGUGCUGAAUGGUCAAGGAGGUGUAAUAAGAAGAGGUGGUACUUGUGUUGUUAACCCCACUGACCUGUUCUGCUCUGUACCUGGUCGCUUAUCCCUACUCAGCUCCACUUCUAAGUACAAAGUGACCAUUGCAGAGGUGAAGAGGCGUCUUUCACCACCAGAAUGCCUCAAUGCUUCCCUCUUAGGAGGUAUUUUGAGAAGAGCAAAAUCCAAGAAUGGAGGACGCUGCUUGCGAGAAAAAUUAGACAGACUGGGACUGAAUUUGCCUGCAGGAAGACGAAAAGCAGCAAAUGUCACACUCUUGACUUCUUUAGUAGAAGGGGAGGCGUUACAUUUGGCCAGAGAUUUCGGCUACACCUGUGAAACAGAAUUCCCUGCCAAGGCGGUAGGAGAGCACAUUGCCAGACAGCACAUGGAACAGAAAGAGCAGACAGCAAGGAAAAAGAUGAUCCUAGCAACAAAACAAAUAUGUAAAGAGUUCCAAGACCUUCUGAGUCAAGACAGAUCACCCCUUGGAUCCUCCAGACCAACUCCAAUAUUAGACCUCGACAUCCAGAGACAUUUAACACAUUUCAGUUUGAUCACUCAUGGUUUUGGAACUCCUGCAAUAUGUGCUGCCCUAAGCACUUUCCAAACUGUUCUCAGUGAAAUGCUGAACUACUUGGAAAAGCACACAUCGCACAAAAACGGAGGAGCGGCGGAAUCCGGCCAAGGACACGCCAACUCGGAGAAAGCCCCCCUGCGGAAAACUUCAGAGGCUGCUGUGAAAGAGGGCAAAACAGAAAAGACAGACUAG